CCCCGGACUACUAAUGUACAGAAUCAGAGACCUAUAUACUAGGUCUCUGACAGAAUUAAUUAUGUACAUAAAACAAUCAUGAAAUGGAAUGCGAACAUGAGCGGCAAUCGUAGACAACGCUGGUUUAUCAACUGAGUGUAGCACGUGGUUUGUAGACUGGAGGAAACAUGCAAGAAACAACGUGUGAGCGGAUGUCUUUGGUCACGUGUUCAUUAAGAGCUAUGAGUAUUUACCACCUCAACAGAAGCACAAAGGUGCUCUUGCUGCUGCUGCUGUUACUGACUUGGUGUCUGUACUACGUUUUCAACAAUCGGGUGUGUCCACGCCAAAAUUUCUUCCGUCGAAUACAUUACAUAAAAAGACCAGAAUUCCUCAGUGCAGAUGUGUUCAAGAAUUGUGAGUACGCAUGUAUCUUGACAGAAGGAUGGGACUAUUCCUCGGCGGAUAUUGUUAUCUGGCAAGGAACGGAAACCCCUUUAUACCCUCCAAGAAAAUACAUCAACCAGACGUGGGUCUUCCAUUCAAUGGAGCCACCCCCACUUCACGCGUACACAACGAAACUAUGGGAUGGACUUAUCAACUGGACAAUUUCCUACAGACGUGAUUCCGAUUUCUAUAGUCCGUACGGAAUUUUCCGAACUGUUCCUAAUAACACUAUUCCAUCUGCGGAUGACGCCCUUUCGAACUGGUCAGAAAGGUCAGCUCUUUUAUGGUUUGUCUCGAAUUGUUACGUUUCAAGUAGUCGUUCUGAAUAUGUUGCAGAAAUUGAAAAGUAUUUAAACAUAGACGUAUAUGGAAGAUGUGGCAAAAACACUUGCAAUGGCAAUUGGACUGUAUGUUCAAAAUAUUUACAAAAUAAGUAUAGAUAUUAUCUUUCCUUUGAAAGUACACUUUGUCGAGACUAUAUAACAGAGAAAAGUAUAAAGGUCUACGCUAACUUAUUUAAUGCGAUUCCGAUAACAAGAAGUGGGGCGAACGCGUCUCUGUAUCUCCCGCCGGGUUCAUAUCUAUCUACCGCAAAUUUUUCAAGCCCGGAAGCAUUGGCUAGAUAUCUGACUCGAAUGAAGUCACCCAACUCUUUUUUUCAGUGGAGACAGUCCUAUGUGGCGCAGGAUACUAUCGAUUCUGAGCAAACUUUUUGUGAGUUGUGUCGGCGAAGUCACACUGUCAACAAAUACAAACGUAUAUACCGAAGUGUAAACACGUGGCUUAGAGGAAAUGACGGCGGUGUCCCUAACAUGUGUUCGAAAAUCAGUGAUUUAUAAUAAGAUAUUUUGAAGGAAUAUUGUAUAUAAUAUAUCGAUUCUUGACUUAACGCUCUUCAUAUCUUAAUUGUUUCAUUGCAGUAUGCAGUACAAACAAUCAAUUAGUAUCUGAAUUAUCCGAAUACAGUAUGUACAAUACGGAAAUCAUCAAGACAGGAUGGAAAUAUGUGCUGCCAUUUGCAAAAAAAAAAGAAAGGUGAUAUUUAAGUCUGGUUCAUUCCCACUCAGCCAA